GACAGCUCGCAGCUGUGUGUUUACCGUAAAAGAGUUUUGAUAUAGUUUUGUAGGCUAAAAUAAAGUGCAAUUAGUGAUUUUACAGCUUCGUAAUUGUAAACCUAUCUACAGGUAUACCUUUUGUUUUUCUCUACUCGACGUGAAUAUAUCAAUAUGAGUCAGAUUUAUUUUUCCCAAUAUGAUAAACUAAUCACCCAGUAGUAAGGGUAAUGGAUCCAAUAAUAGACCCUGAAUGGCUAGGAAGCAAAAAUGACCAAAUCGAUGAAGCUCAAAAUAUUGGCAAUAUUGCAAGAAGUUGGCAAUGGAGGGAGAGAGGAGUCAAUCCUCUCCACUCUCCUAGUAACAAGACUGUGCUUGAGAAUGUAGCAGAAGACAUACUUGUGCAGAAACCUCUCAAAAUAAGAUGUUGUGAUCUGCCAGGCUAUCCAAGAUCUACAUUUCUCAUGGUAUUCAGUCCUGAUGGGACUAAAGUUGCUUCUACACACGGCAAUCAUAAUGUUUAUGUAUCGGAGCUGGCAAGUGGCAAACAUGUGAGGAUAUUGAAAGGGCAUCCUAGAACACCAUGGUGUAUUGCUUUCCAUCCAUCACACCCUCAACUAAUAGGUUCUGGCUGUCUGGGUGGACAAGUUAGAGUUUGGGAUAUUUCUAGUGGUGGAAGUGAAGUUUGGAGUGUGCAAAAGGAAACAGUGAUAGCAUCCAUAGCUUUCCAUCCUCGAGAACAACUUUUAGUCAUUGCUACUUACAAUGAACUGUACUUCUGGGACUGGAGUCAACCAGCUCCAUUCACUAAAGUCUCCACAAAUAAUAUUAAUGAAAAAGUCAGAUAUGUCGCAUUUGAUUCUCUCGGUUACAAAUUGAUUACUGGCAUAUCACUGUGGACAUCACCAGGUGGCCACACCUCUCUCCUUCAACGAAACACUCACUCCAGUCCUCCACAUGUUAUAAAUUACCGUAGAAGGGAUGAUCCUGAUGAAAAUCCUGGAAAUAAUAGAUCUCAAGAUAGCCCUGGACCAACAAGGGAUGUGAUUGUGAACUCUUAUCAAAAUUUAGUGCAACGAUACGAUAGUCUUGUAAGAAACUAUCAAAGGUUGUUUAUGGUACGACAUAGACUCACCGCGACAACGCCACCGCCCAGCACGACGGACCGCGGUACUGACCCAAUGGAAACUGAUCCAACACCAGAGGCCAAUGGAUAUACACGUAUGGCGCGUCCCAAUUUAUCGACAUUACUUAAUUUUGACGAUGAUGAUCCAGUACCGGGUACAUCAAACAGACAAGACAAUGCAGAAAACACAGAUGUAGAAGCUAAUAGCAGUAGAUUAUUGAAUCUUGAUGCUUUAUCAUUUGGCAGUGAUCCUUCUAGGGACCAAAACACCACGCGACAAGAAUCUUCCAUAUUUGGAUCCCGACCUUCGGCUUUUCAACCUUUAGGUGAAAGUUCUAGAACAUCCCUGUGGUCAGCAAGUCAAACAGAUCAAAGUGAACGCGUGACACGACUUCUUCCCAAUCCAUUUUCGUCCACAAAUGGAACUCCGAGACCUUCCCGAGUUUCCUUUACAAGUAGCCCUCUCAAUAACCAGGAUAACGAAUCUACUGCAGGAUCGUCUCGCACACGUUCGUUUCCAGGACAUAGGUCUGAAUCUCCAUUGCUUCUUGAUUUAUCACUGCAUAGAUGUUCCCCGAAUCCCUCAAAUAACAAUCAGAAUGAGAAUCCCAUUACCAUCGAUAAUGAUUCUUCUUUUAGCUCCUCAUCGCUUCCAAACACUUCUGCCAGUUCUAGCGCUCAUAGAACUUCAAAUUCUAUUUACACACAAGCCCGAAUGUCGACACCAGUAGAUGCUCAAACAAUUAAUGAAAGUCUAGACUUAAUACGAGACAUUCUUAGAGAUUCUGGAACAAGGUUACUUAAUUUAAUAACUAAUAUGUCACUGUCAACUUUGACCCGAGCAGAAAGAAAUAUUCAAAGAAGAGAAAAUGAAACUAGAGCACAUUCUGAUGACAGUGAUGGCGUUGCGAGAACUCGCAAUAAUCGUCCACGUCCACGUUUAUUUAGUGGCUUACAUCAAAAUACAAUAUUUUUGUCUUCUAGUUCAGAGUCAGACAGUGACAAUCCCCCUGAAGUAAAUAUAUUUAGAACGAGAAAUUCAACUUUUAGAGAAGAUAAUACACGGGAUACUAAUCGUCAAACAUCUAGUAGUAAUAAUUCCAAUAGGCUAGAAAACCCUACUGAUAGACUUGUAUUUGAAUUGAACAAUGAUUUACCCGUCUCAGAUAAUGUUCCUGAAAGAAGUGGUUUAAAUGUGUCUUCUAACAGUAGAAGAUUUCAUGUGCGCAUUCAAAAUGCCGCAACCGAUGAAGGUACAAGUACGAGUACGAGUACAAGAAAUAAUGAUGAGCCAUCUGAAAAUCGAAAUCAAAACAGCAACUUUGACCCAAACAUGCCAUCAACUAGUAGAGAUAAUUUUUGGUCAAGUGGUAAUACAUUGUCAUCAGAUGAAGCAUUUAGGAAAGUAAGAAGUGGUGUCAAUGCAUUGCAGAAACAUGCACAACAACUUGCAAAUUUUUGGCUUCGAGGUCAACGUAUAAGUAUGCGGGAUUUACGUAACAUGUGGGAAAAUUUGAGAAGACGUAUUCUGAUGUUACACAGAGAAACAGGUAGACAAGAUGUUACUAGUUAUUAUACAAGAUCUCUAUUAGAAAGGUGUAUGAUGCUGACGGAAGUGACUGACAAUGUCAAUCGUGGCUCCAGUAGGACUAGAAGUAGUCAAAGGUCAGAAGAUAGGAAUUCUGAGACAAAUAGAGAUGCCUCUAACAAUUCAGACACUCCUGAAAAUGAACAGAGUACUACACCAGACAACACAAAUGACAAUAGACAAUCAAGUAGGACCUCACAGACAAGAUCUUCUUCGGGAGGUCGAUACUCGCCAUUUGUAAGGCGACGAUUACAACCUAAUUAUAGAUGGCGACAUGAUGAUGAUCUUCGACGAAGAACGCGUAAUUCUGCAUCUAAUCGUUUAUCACAAAGAUAUAACAAUAGACCACGCCGGGAAUUUGCGCGAGCUAUAGAAAUUAGUGCAACAAGGCAUGAGAUACGCAUGCGCGCCAUGCAAGUUUUAUCAGUUAUGUUCAAUAUGAUGAUGAUGUGUUUAGAAGAACGAGGUUUAAGCCAACUCAUCAUUAACAUGUUACGAACGCUGAAAAAAGCUUUAGCUAUUACUUGCUUAAUGCUAAUGUCUAAUAGAAACAGUGGUAGGACAAGCGCCAGUAACAAUCAAUCGCCUCAAAGAUCUGACAACCGUAAUACAAAUCGCGUAGAUAACAAUGAAGCUACUACUAGUAAUACGAAUGAACAAAGCGAGUGUACGCAUUAUUCGAUUUCAAGUGAGACUGAAGAAGAACGAACUCGCGGAAGUACAUCUACAAAUCGUGAGAAUUCAACGACAUCAGCUUCAGGGUCAAAUGCUAAUAAUACGCAAGAUGAUUCCCCUGUAUCUUCUCCAAAUUCAGUCACACAGAGAUGGAGUAACCGUCUUGCUGUACUUAUAGCUGCAGCGAACAGAAAUAAUUCAGCAACUGCAAGAAGUCGGAGAGAACUAUACCAAGAGAGUAGAAGAUUGAAAGCAUUACAUCGAACUAAUCCAACUGCGCAUCCGUUAAUAAAAAAGAGAGCUUUUCCACCUGUGGCCACACACAGGAUUCCGGUCUUACGUUCACUCCCUCGUAAAAAUAUCAAAACACCUUCGACACCCAGAAUUGGAGCUGCUAAUCCCGAACCUGUCGCUGGUCCUUCAAGGUUUUCCACAGGAGAAAACCCUAAUCAGGAACCAUCUAGACUUCCUCCGGAAGUAAUGAACGAAUUUGAACAUAGGAUAAAUUUAAUACGAAUAGCCCAUAUGCAGGCUGUAAGGCUUAGAAAUGUAGCAAGAAGUAGAUAUAGGCGUUUGCAAACCAUUCGUCUGUAUACACCGUCGUCAGUGAGAGAAAUGUUUACUCUUCAGGAGAAUAAUGAAAACCAGCAAGGCAAUCCAUCGCCAUUACAAAAUAACGCUGAUCAAAGUAGUCGUAGACCUUCUUUCGACGGUCGCUCACCAAUUCUUGGCAGAGAACGAAUUUUUCCACGGCUACCUAUGAAUGCCCAAUCAGAAGAUUCUGGCCCACUGCACGCCGUUAUAAGUAAUGCGGCAUUAUCCCUUCUACAAGUUAAUGAUCCCGAUAGUCCUGAAGAACAAGGGAAUCAACAGCAGAGAUUGCCAAGGAUUCAUGAAUAUUUGCAGCCAAUAAUCUUAGCUCAGAACGCCAUGGCCGACGAAGACGGUAACGGUGAUGGCGCAGGGGGAGGUCCUGCAGAGGGCAACGGUAUCGCUGGUAUCGGUGCGAGGCGCAUGAGCGGCAUGGCCGGCCUGCUGGACGCCGGCAUCAUCUCCGAAACGUUCCCAGCGCCGUCGCAUCGAGUGCAAGCUUGGGACUUUACCAAAGGCGACACACCUGAUAUUGCGGAUAGUUCUAAGAAUGUUGUAGUCCAAAGAUGCAGAAUCCAUAACGAUGCAAGCAUCGAUAUAUCCAAAGAUGGAAGGCUGUUGGUCGCUCUGCUACCCGUACCUCGGUUACGUAAUACUAAUCACUGGUUAGGCGUGUACUCGCUGGAGUGGUCGCGGCUGGGGCAGUGCCUGCACACGGCGGUGCUGGAGCAGAGCGCGGUGUCGGUGGCGCUGUCGCCGACCGCGCGCCACCUCGCCGUGGGGCUCGGCUCGCGCCGCUUCACCUCCGUGCACCACGCGCGCACCAACGUGUUCGCGCUGCUGUACCGGCUCGACCCGCUCGAAAGUUCCAGUAGGACCGGUUUGUCGCCGAUAAAGGAGUUGGAGCAGACGUGGGAACACGGCUUCACCAGCCUCAACUGCCUGCGCUGGGCCCCGCAGCCCGGACAAGGCCUCGUGUACGCUAAUAACACGGGACAACUUAUUAUUAUGAGUUAAGUCUAACGAAUUUAUGUUCCCAGAUCAAUUAAACGCAAUAACACCGAAUAUUUUUUAUACAUACCGCCUAUUAUCCGUGACGUGGCGCUAAAAACUAAUGUUAUGAUUUAAGCAUAGACUUAUCACGACUCACAUUAUGAAAUGUUUAGUUGAACCCCUCGCAACUGUUGUAAAUGUAUUUGUGUAGUUCAUCUAUUAGCGGUCUUAAUGUAACUGAUCUCUUGCUUGUUAAUAUGCGAAUUAUAAAUUAAAUUUUAUUUAUAAACGUUACCAGAUUAGUUCCAAAACAUAGCUUAGGCUUCCUUUCAUAAGAUAUCUAAAUCGUGUACUUUCCUUGAAGCCUAUUCGCCUUUAGCAAGUAGAUAUUUAAUCGUUUGUAUACUAAUUAAGUAAUAAUUUGUUAAUAUGUAUUUAAAGUAAUCCUAAUUUUAUUUAAACAAAGCCUAAAAUGUAGGAUUGUUACAUAAAUAAUUCAUGAAUGUUCAAAUGCUUUAUUGUCGAUAUAACUUUUGCAACUCAUAUGUUUAACUUCACCUGCGUUUAAACUGAAUCUAACCUCCUAAACUUAUCAUUCUCUAUAUAAAAUAAUUGAUUAACGUGCCAUCUUUUUUCAAUGCAUUCUUUUUUGAUCAUACAUCGCAGUAUGGUAAGUAAAUGUGUUCAUAUAUUAAUUUUAAAUAAAAAUUAACACCUUUAAAGAAUCUCCCCGUGCUUGCUUUAGUUUCUUAAUUAAAAUUUAUAUUGAUCAAUUUUACAUAAUAUUCGAAACUAGCAGGUGAUAAAGAAUUGCAUACAUUAUACAUACGUAAUAUUGUAACAAUGUCAAUCUGUUCGUGAAAAUAAUAUAUUAUGAAUGUAACAAUCCCACUACCUAUAUUACGAAAAUGCCAAAAUUUUUAAUCGGUUUAGCUAAUUUUCUUUAUAAUUAAGCAGGUUACAAAGUCAAUGACUGUUAAACUUAAGUUCACAAAAUAAAUUAAUAUUACUGACCCUAAACUUUUGAGACUGUGGUCUUAUUUCAUUUUUUUUUGUAUAAGUAAGUCUUUUAUUUUUGUUUUUCAAUAAUAACAUAUAUAUCUAUAAUAACCAUUUGUGUAAUAGUUAAUUAAAGAAUAUCGAUUAGUCACACUAAAUUUAACCGAAGUUGGAUUAUGCUGUACAAAGAUUUAUGUCGCUUUCAUGUUCUUAAUACUUAACAAAUAAACUUUGAUGUUAUAUAGCUAAAUAAAAAUUAAAGUACUACAAUUAUUUUGUUUUGUGUAUCUGGUUCGGGAUUAGAUCUUUACAUCAAACAUUACAAAUAAACAGUUUUUUUAUGUAAAUACACGGGUCUUUUCAAAAUCAGAAAAUGCUAUUUAACCACAUUCCCAGCCAUAAAGCAAACAAGCAAGAAUAGCACAAUUAUUACAUUUAAUUCAAUGUAAAGUAAAAUUAACUUCUUUACAUUUUAAGAAGUAAUUUUCAUCCAUCAGCCUACAUUCUCAAAUUCAAAACGUUUGCUACAAUGUAACACAAUAUAACAUCUUACAAGCAGAUGCAUGAUUAUACAUUUUAUAUGAGUAGGAUAACGAACAGCAUCGUAAUUAUGUACAUAUAACAAUAAUUUACGGUCAGUUAUUAAUAGUGACAUUACGAUACAAUUAUAAACUCUGUGACCUUGAUAAUAUUCUUAUUUUAGAUCAUCCUAUUUCUGUAUGCCAUUUUAUUUUAACAGGGUGAGUUACAAUGUGUUUGUUCGCUUUCAUAAUAUUUAAAACUGUCUACAUAUUAUCAAAAAAAUCAUAAAAGGUUAUGGCCUAAAUAAGUUGACAAUCAUUUCUGAAAUUGAAACAAUGUAACGUAAUAUCAUUCAUAAUAUGCAUUAUAAUUUACUAGCCGCUCCGCGCGGUUUCACCCCCGUGGCUCCUCUCCUGUUGGUUGUAGCGUGAUGAUAUUAUAUAGCCUUAUAGCCUUCCUCGAUAAAUGAGCUAUCUAACACUGAAAGAAUUUUUCAAAUCGGACCAGUAGUUCCCGAGAUUAGCGCGUUCAAACAAACAAACUCUUCAGCUUUAUAAUAUUAGUAUAGACUAUAGAUAAGUAAACAUUUAAUUGGUAAAUUUAAGAUUCAGAAUAAGUUUAUUAUCCUAUCUCGCGGCGUUUUCUACUAAGUUAUGUUCCCUGAUUGUGAAUAAAUUUUUGUAUUUUUAUUUUCAAUAAUAAUUAGCGGUCGAAAUAAUUUAAUACGUAGGUAUGUAAGUAAAACAAAUGAGUUAGGUCUGCUUGAAACUAGACUACUAAUAUUUUGACACGCAAUUUUCUUUUUAUUAUUACCACCCUAGUAAAACAAAAGUAUUGUUUGUAAGAGAAAUUUAAGAUAAAAUAAUGGUUAGGUUUUUAUUUAAAUAUUGGAUUAGUAAUAAAGCUGUCAGCCUGCCUGCCUGUCAAGCUGUGCUUACUCUAGCCAUGGUUAUUUUCAACAUCUAAUCCCGAGCAGAAAAUGUAGUUUGCCGACUCUUUAUAUUAUAAUUUAUAAUACGUAAAAACUACCUUAUGAGAAAUUUGUAAAUAAGUCUUUAGAGCGAAUCAGCUCCUUCGUAGUAAACCUUUAGCAUCCUUAAAUAGUAAACCUUUCUUUUAUUAUGUUACAGUUCUUCCAUUAUGUUGUAACGUUAUAUUUUAAAUAUAUUAUUUGUAUAAAGCUUGAACGUUUUAUUUGUACAAAUGUAAUGCGAAUAUCUGAAAUAAUACCAUUUUCAAACUGAA